CCUGUAUCCUCUCUGCCUUCGCAGAAGACCCUGUAGUCACAUAUUCCGGCGAUAUUGAGGAAGAAGAAGAGCUAUGUCCCUCAACAAGCGCAUGUCUGUCUCCAGCACCAGGAGUGGAAGGAGUCAGAGUCCUCUUGCGCGCUUCGUCGUCGCUCCUAACGCGGAGAGCGAGGAGUGGGUGAAUGCAUGGAAAGGUGCGCUUGCGCAAGACUUGGUCGACUGUCCGAUCGUCGAUGUUGAUGCGGAGACUACCGUCGAAGAGGCAUGCGAGUUGCUGCUCUCACGCAACAUUCUGUGUCUGGCUGUCAAAUCAGCGCCGUCCUCUGAAGCUCCAGAGACACCAUACAUUGGUCUUUUUGACUUCGCCGAUGUAAACGCGUUUCUUACAUUCGCUGCUACGCGACAUACAUACAGCCCUGAGCAUCUCAUAGAGAAUCCGCGGGUGACACAGAUCAUGGAAGCGGCUAAGGCUGGAAGAGUGCCAGUCAAUCUUGUUAGCAACCUGUCAGAGAAGAACCCGCUUGUUGAGCUGCCGCAUGACGCAACCGUCGUUUCCCUGCUGGGUGCAUUUUCUUCUGGAACACAUCGAGUGCUUGUUCAGUCCCCGAUAGGAAGCAGCUCAACACACAUUGGUAUCAUCUCUGAUCGCCGCCUACUUGCCUACUUCGCCUCAUUUGCUCGUCCCCAACCGACAUCGCCUUCUUCAUCACCUGUUCUCGCGUCUCCAAUCUCUGUGCGCUCUGCCUCAUUCAACUCGCCCACGUCGUCAUUCUUACGCUACCUCAAUAACCCAUUGAGCUCUCUUUCCUUGCCUUCCCUCAACCUGUACUCUGAAGUCGUUGCGGUAACGGCCGGCGACACUGUGCUGAAUGCUAUGAAGGUCAUGAGUGAGCUCGGGGUGAGCAGUGUUGCUGUUGUCCACGAGGAUACUGGCAACCUGCUGAGUGCUGUCAGUGUAACAGAUAUCGGGAAGACCGUCGUGCCAUCGCAAAGCAACCAAGUGUUGACAAUGCCAUUGCAACAGCUGGUGACACAAAUUAAAAUGCCAGAUGGUUCCACAGAUGGAAGAGACAAAUACCCAGUUUACAGUGUCUCCCCUUCAUCCACACUUUCCUACUGCAUGCAGAAACUUCUCGCUACCAAUGCACAUCGUGUAUUCGUCACCGCAGAAGGCUCCGUGUCACCGUCAGCAGGCCGGUCGGCAAAAGGAAACUUAUCGGGCAUCGUGUCCAUCGUGGACAUUCUCUCCCUUUUCGCACGCAUUGCGAACGUUCCCAAUGUUGACCCAACCCGGAUGCAACGCCAUAGGCGCGCUUCAUCUGCCUCGAGUCAAAGCUCUUCUUCUGGUGUGUUCAGUGACUUGGUGAGAACCAAUUCACGUGGUAGCAUUGGUGGUCGCGGGCCUGGGCGAUGA